CCAUUCAUCUGUUCCAAGAUUCCAAAUUGGCAGAGCUAGACUAAGACAUAGGGGUCAUUAUAGAGAACAAGUCUCGUGUUUCGCGUACACUGCUCGAAACAACGAAACGCGAACAUGGCUAAGUUGAAGAUCAUCGUCUCUCCGACGAGCUUCUUCUGCACAAGGAUCGAGUGGGCUCUAAAGCUGAAGGGCCUCGAGUACGAGCUCACUUUUGAAGACUGGAGCAAGGGGAAGAGCGAACUGCUUUUGAGGUCGAACCCGGCGCACAAGAAGGUGCCGGUGCUUCUGGACGAUGGGGUCGUGAUCGCGGAGUCGAAAGUGAUUCUGGAGUACAUUGAUGAGAAGUGGAAGGGAGGUGAUCUUUAUCCGUUGCUGCCUCAGGACCCUUAUGAGAGAGCUCAAGCUCGUUUCUGGGCUCAGUUUGCUGAUGACAAGUGUUUCAUCGGCACUUGGGGAGCCUGUCGUGCCGAAGAUGCGCAGGAAAAGGAGAAAGCAGUGGAGGCUGCAUUGGAGUCUUUCACAUUUCUGGAGAAGCAGAUCAAAGGGAAGAAGUUCUUCGCGGGAGACAAGAUAGGCUAUUUGGAUCUCGUGGCCGGUUGGAUCUCGCAUUGGCUUGGCGUCUUGGAAGAAGCAGGAGGCCUGAAGAUACUUGAUGCCGAGAGGUUCCCAUCCCUUCAUGAAUGGGCACAAAACUUUGCCGAAAUUCCGCCGAUUAAGGAAUGCCUUCCACCUAGAGAUAUGCUGGUUAACUAUUGGACUGCUCUCCUGAGCCGCCUGCGUUCCUCAGCACCGAGCAAGCUAUAAAAUGCAACCCAAGCAAUGUGCUGCUCUUGUUUUUCUGCCCUGUUCUCCUCUUUUGUACUUGUAACCUUCUCAUAUGGCGCAAUAACAUCCCUGUAAUCAGCUUUCUCUUGGGAGAAUAUAAGUGAAUUCGAUAUUAUUCCUGGAAUCACCGUUCCUUGUGUAAGCUUCCAGUGGUUGAAUGGGUUAAUUAAAAGGUGUAUAGA